AUGGACUCGGCGAAUCGCGGUGCCGCCCCGCGAUCGAAUCGCAAACGAUCCCGCACUAAUGGCGAUGCCUCAUCAUCCGUCGCAGCUUCAAGCCCCAUGCCCUCGUCCCCACCAGCCUUCAAUGUCUCUCACGGCGGCGAUGACGACGACGACAUUGAGGAGGAGGCCGAGAUCCAAGAUGACCUUGACGACUUGGACGAGAUGGCUGAGGACGAGGUCGAUCUCUUCCGCGAAGGCUUCGAGCGAGACUACAGAGAGAAGGAUGACAAUGACACAUAUGAGGGGCUCGACAUUGACGACGAGGGAGACUACGAUGACCUGAACCUCGGCGACCGGCGAAGACUAGAAGCUCAGUUGAACCGCAGAGACCGGGAGGUUGCCCGCAGAAGAGCCCCUGCCGCCUUCCUCCCCGACGAAGACGAGGAUGGCGAUAUUGACCUCACCGCCCAACCUCGUAGACGCCGCCACCACUACGACGAAGACCCCGAUGACAUGAUGGACCAGGACAUUAUGGACGAGGAGCUGUCCCUGGAAGCCCUACAAGAUGUCAAGGCCUCGAGCUUGACCGACUGGGUGGCCCAGCCUGCUGUUCAGCGCACCAUCAAGCGAGAGUUCAAGGCUUUCCUGACCGAGUACACCGACGAGAACGGCUCCUCAGUGUACGGCAGUCGUAUUCGGACUCUCGGAGAGAUCAACGCCGAGUCUUUGGAGGUAUCGUACGACCAUCUGUCGUCGUCCAAGGCUAUCCUGGCCUACUUCCUCGCCAACGCACCGGUUGAGAUGCUCAACCUCUUUGACGAAGUUGCUAUGGACGUUGUGCUUCUUCACUACCCCGACUACGAGCGCAUUCACUCCGAUAUUCACGUUCGUAUCUUUGACCUGCCGGUUCAUUACACCCUCCGACAGCUUCGACAAUCCCAUCUGAACUGCCUUGUCAGAGUCAGCGGUGUCGUCACUCGCCGAUCUGGCGUCUUCCCCCAACUGAAGUACGUCAAGUUCGAUUGCACCAAGUGCGGUGUGACUCUCGGCCCUUUCCAACAGGAGUCCAAUGUCGAAGUCAAGAUCACCUUCUGCCAGAAUUGCCAAUCGCGAGGUCCUUUCACCAUCAACUCAGAAAAGACAGUCUACCGCAACUACCAGAAACUCAGUCUCCAGGAAUCCCCUGGCACUGUGCCCGCUGGGCGUCUGCCUCGCCACCGCGAGGUUAUCCUGCUCUGGGACUUGAUUGACAGGGUGAAGCCUGGCGAGGAGAUCGAAGUUACAGGUAUAUACCGAAAUAACUACGACGCUCAGCUUAACAACCGGAAUGGCUUCCCUGUAUUUGCCACCAUUCUCGAGGCAAACAAUGUUGUCAAGUCUCACGACCAGCUGGCCGGAUUCAGGCUGACCGAAGAAGACGAGCAAAAGAUUCGCAAACUAUCGCGUGAUCCCCAGAUCAUCGACAAGGUUAUCAACUCAAUGGCGCCCAGUAUCUACGGCCACGCCGAUAUAAAGACCGCUGUUGCCUUGUCCCUUUUCGGUGGUGUAGCCAAGGUAGCCAAGGGGUCACAUCACGUUCGUGGCGAUAUCAAUGUGCUACUGCUGGGUGAUCCCGGUACAGCCAAGUCACAAGUACUCAAGUACGUCGAGAAGACGGCGCACCGAGCUGUCUUUGCCACCGGCCAGGGAGCUUCCGCCGUCGGUCUCACGGCUAGUGUCCGUCGAGAUCCCUUGACUAGCGAGUGGACUCUAGAAGGGGGUGCAUUGGUGCUCGCUGAUAGGGGUACGUGUCUGAUUGACGAGUUCGACAAGAUGAACGACCAGGAUCGAACCUCGAUCCACGAAGCUAUGGAGCAGCAGACCAUCUCCAUCUCCAAAGCUGGUAUUGUCACCACUCUACAAGCCCGAUGCGGUAUUAUCGCUGCUGCCAAUCCCAUCGGUGGCCGUUACAACUCUACGAUACCCUUCUCAGCCAACGUCGAGUUGACGGAGCCUAUUUUGUCACGUUUCGACAUCCUUUGCGUUGUCCGAGAUACUGUCGAUCCCGCAGAAGAUGAGCGACUUGCUCGCUUCAUUGUAGGAUCCCACAGUCGCAGCCAUCCAUCUACCCAGGAGGUUAAAGAGACAAUGGAGACUGAGCAGGACACCAAGACUGCGCGCGAGAGCCAAGAUGCGAUCAAAAAGGAGGGACAGAUCCCCCAGGAGCUCCUCCGCAAAUACAUCCUCUAUGCUCGCGAUCACUGCUCGCCGAAGCUGCUGCAUAUGGACGAAGACAAAGUUGCGCGACUCUUCGCUGAUAUGCGACGAGAGUCCCUGGCUACUGGUGCAUACCCUAUCACUGUCCGUCACUUGGAAGCCAUCAUCCGCAUCUCGGAAUCUUUCUGCCGCAUGCGACUUUCAGAGUACUGCUCAGCACAGGACAUUGACCGUGCCAUCGCCGUCACCGUCGACAGCUUCGUUGGCAGCCAGAAGGUCAGCUGCAAGAAGGCACUUGCGCGGGCGUUCGCCAAAUACACGCUGGCCCGACCCGGGGCUCGUGUGUCCAAGAGGGGCGGGACACAAUCGCAGCGGAGGACUACUGCUGUGGGUGCUUAG